AUGCUGAUGGACCCCAGGCUGGAGACAGUGUUCCCAGUGAAAGGCCCCAUGUCUGGUGGCACCAGGCUGACUGUGCGAGGGAAAGAUCUUAACGCUGGCAACCUGGACAAUAUCAGCCUAACCCUUGGAGAGGAAAUGUUGCCUUGUGUUAUAGACAGUCGAACCAGACAUUCCACCAUUUGUACCACUCCAGGGGUCAGAUGGCCAAAGGUCGUGACCUCUGUCAGGAUGUUUUUUGAUGGCAGUGUCAGAAUGUUGGAUCAGGACCCCUUCACAUACACUGAGGACCCUGUGGUGGACAAGAUAAUGCCACUAACUAGCUUUGCCAGGUAA